GCCUGGUGGAGGAGCGAGAGGGACGCGAGCCAGUGAACGCGGGAGGGAGCGCAGGGCCCGAGCCGAGCCCCCGCCCGCCACAUAGGCGCCGCCUCCGGUCUUCCAGGACCCGGCACUUCGCGCGUCUCGGGCGCCGGAGACGCGCAAGGGCGCCCAUGGAGGCAGCCACGCCGGCGGGCCCCGACACCUCUGAGCCCCUCGCCGAGGGAGCGGCGGGCGAGUUCUCCAGCCUGCUGCGCAGGAUAAAAGGCAAACUCUUCACCUGGCAUAUUUUGAAAACAAUUGCUCUGGGUCAGAUGUUGUCCUUGUGUAUAUGUGGGACAGCUAUCACUAGCCAGUAUUUGGCAGAAAGAUACAAAGUGAACACCCCCAUGCUUCAGAGUUUUAUCAAUUAUUGCUUGCUGUUCCUAAUUUAUACAGUGAUGCUGGCAUUUCGAUCAGGCAGUGAUAACCUUUUAGUAAUCUUGAAAAGAAAAUGGUGGAAGUACAUCCUGCUGGGGCUAGCAGAUGUGGAAGCUAAUUACGUGAUUGUCAGAGCCUACCAGUACACAACUCUAACCAGUGUCCAGCUUUUGGAUUGCUUUGGGAUUCCUGUGUUGAUGGCUCUGUCCUGGUUUAUUCUUAAUGCGAGAUACAGAGUGAUCCACUUCAUCGCUGUGGCUGUCUGUCUGUUGGGUGUAGGAACCAUGGUUGGAGCAGACAUACUCGCAGGGAGGGAAGACAGUUCAGGGAGUGAUGUAUUGAUUGGUGACAUCUUGGUCCUUCUUGGGGCUUCCCUCUAUGCCAUUUCUAAUGUUUGUGAAGAAUACAUAGUGAAGAAGCUGAGCAGACAGGAGUUUUUGGGAAUGGUGGGCCUGUUUGGAACAAUUAUCAGUGGCAUACAGCUAUUGAUUGUGGAAUAUAAGGAUAUUGCCCGCAUUCCCUGGGACUGGAAAAUUGCCCUGCUGUUCAUGGCAUUUGCCCUGUGUAUGUUUUGCCUGUACAGCUUCAUGCCAUUGGUGAUUAAAGUCACUAGUGCCACUUCCGUCAACCUGGGCAUCCUGACAGCGGACCUCUACAGCCUUUUCUUUGGACUCUUUCUGUUUGGCUACAAGUUUUCAGGACUCUACAUCCUAUCCUUCACCGUCAUCAUGGUGGGGUUUAUCCUGUACUGCUCCACCCCGACUCGCACGGCCGAGCCAGCUGAAAGCAGUGUGCCUCCGGUCACCAGCAUUGGGAUCGACAACCUGGGGCUGAAGCUGGAGGAGAACCUCCAGGAGACCCACUCUGCUGCCUUGUAGCCGGAGAAGAUGGUGCACCUCUGCCCCACCAGGAUAAGGCAGAGCCUGCUGCCUGCUGAGGGGACACUUGGGGAAAUAGCAGACUCGGAGUGGAUACUCUACACCCCUGGGUUGGAUCCAGUGGUUAGAUUUUAGAAGGGAACACUAAACAAAGUUCAAAAGUAGAAAUACCAAAAUAGAGCAGAAACCAAGCUAAGAGUGUGUUUCCAUACCUGCUCGUGUUGGGGAGAUGAGGUGCGGACCCCACACUGGGGUCUCAGAGGCACCAGUGGGAAUGCAGGACGGGGGAGAGAUCCAGCAGUGAGCCAGCCUAGGCCAGGUGGGAAAGCGGGCUGUCCAGUCUGGGCUUGGUGGUCCGGAACAGGGGCAGCUCACGGUGGCUCUGGCGUAUGUCAGAGGCUCGAGUUCUUUUCCGCUGAGGCAGUCAUUGUCCACAGCCCUUUCGGUACAGAUGAGGCCUGAGGGCUGACUGCAUAUGGCAGAAAAUGGGUGGGUCAGCCCUUGAAAAGUCAUGAGAUCUAUGUUUAAGUACUACACAAGCAUUAAACCGGA